AUGUACAACUCUCAUCGCGGCAUCCCACCUGGGCCGCCACCACAGCCGCCGAACCGUGUGGCCGAGCUGCUUGACCAAGUGCGCGCAGAGUUCGAUGCUCAACUUGGUCGUACCAGUGAUACGGAACAUCAUCUCAAUGGCCAAAUCACCGAAAUGGAGAUGGUCAAGAACAAAGUCGCUCAGCUUGAGCACCAGCACAUUCAAAUGAAGACAAGGUAUGAGGACGAAAUUCGUCACCUCCGCAAUGAGUUGGAAGCACGAGGCGGGUCAUUGCAGAACUUGCACGCAUCACAAUCACAGCAACCUCCACCACCAUCAAUUGGUCAUGGCCCAGCCAACCUGUUCCAGGGCAUCAUGGCGGGCGGUCAAGGAGGUCCGGGUCUGGCACCGCCUCCCACACACCAAGGACAGCCCGGCAUGCCGGACCACAUGCAACAAGGUGCGCCUGGAUUGAACCACCCUCCCGGUCCGCCACUUAAUCCGUUCGCAUACGGCGGCCAGCAAGGACCUGGUGGCGGAAUGAAUGGCUACCAACAACCCCCACCGCCAGGACCGCCAUCACCAGGUCCCAAGCCACGGAUCCCCGGCGCAAACCUACGUGGACCCGCCACGCCUUCACAAAACCCACCAAUGCCGUAUCCUGGCUCUCCUGGCGUUGCACGGCCAACACCUCCUCCCGCGCAAAGACAUCCCAAUGGGAAUGCGCAUCAGCACGAGCCGGGCAUCCAAUACACUAUAACACAGACCGAUGAGAUCGGCAACCAACUCUCGGAGUAUGACCCUGAUAAGCUGCCUUCGAACCUGAAGAGGCACGGCGAGGAUUGGUACGCUGUCUUCAACCCACGCACGCGCCGUCAAUUGGACGUCGACCUGGUGCACAACUUGAACCACUCCAGUGUGGUGUGCUGUGUGCGCUUCAGCGCGGAUGGUCGCUAUGUGGCCACUGGUUGCAACCGCUCAGCUCAGAUCUUCGACGUCACGACCGGACAGCAGGUCUGCCAUUUGUCGGAGCCGAAUGCCAAUCCCGAGGGCGAUUUGUACAUUCGCAGUGUUUGCUUCAGUCCCAACGGACAGAUGUUGGCCACUGGCGCUGAAGACAAGAUCAUUCGGGUCUGGGAUAUUGCCACGAAGCAGAUCCGACAUCAAUUCUCUGGCCACGAGCAGGACAUUUACUCUCUGGACUUCGCCUCGGACGGUCGAUACAUCGCUUCGGGCUCUGGCGACCGGACCAUUCGUCUCUGGGACCUGCAAGACAAUGCCAACAUCUUCACGCUGACGAUCGAAGAUGGGGUGACCACCGUCGCCAUGUCGCCCGACGGCCGUUACGUCGCCGCGGGAUCCCUGGACAAGUGCGUGCGCAUCUGGGACACUCAGACCGGAAGCAUGGUGGAGCGUACAGAAGGCGACUCGGGCCACGCGGACAGUGUCUACUCGGUCGCGUUCAGCCCUCGUGGCGAUGUCCUCGUGUCAGGAUCUCUCGACAAGACGAUCCGAAUGUGGCGAUUCCAACACCGUGGCUACCCGCCGCAGGACGGCCGUCCUCCAACCCUCAUGCGCGGAGACUGCAUCCGCAUUUUCGAGGGUCACAAGGACUUUGUGCUGUCUGUUGCACUCUCGCCUGAUGGAAAAUGGGUCAUGUCUGGCAGCAAAGAUCGCGGGGUGCAGUUCUGGGACCCUGAGACGGGUGAUGCGCAGCUCAUGUUGCAGGGACACAAGAACUCCGUCAUCUCCGUCGCGCCGUCACCCAAGGUCGGACUCUUCGCCACCGGAUCCGGUGACAUGAAAGCCCGUAUCUGGCGUUACACGCCCUACAACGGCCCUUAG